AUGGUUCUACAGUCAUACCUGUCGCAGUUCUCCAAGGACCCCCAACCUUAUGUGGGCUCCACUAUGACGUACGCACCCUCCGCAUCCUCCAGUGGUGAGAUCGUCUCCAGCCAAGUUCCGCCAAUGGCUGCGAUGGGCAGCUCUCAGACCCUCUCCAAAGCUCAGCCAAAGUCAGGCACGGUCAACAAUGCCGGUGCUGGAGCAAAGCGCCGGGGCGAUAGUGCGGCAGCCAACUACCUGUCCAGCGGUACAGAUGUAGCCCAGCCGUUGGUAAACAACUUCUGGGAGAUUAUCAACACCCAAGACCGAGUAGACAUGAAUGCGCUCAAUACGUCCGCCCAAGAAAGUGUGGGCACUGUAGCCACGGCCGAUGUGUUUGGGUCGGCGCUCUCGCAGUCAGAGAGUCAACAGCAGCCACCACAGUCACAGGCGGUAGCCAAGCCAGCCGUGGCUAUAGCUGCAGUGCUGAAAACGGGCGAGAAGAGUAUCAAGAAGGUGUCCAAGCCCAAGUGCAAGCCCAAAAAACCUGCAUCUAUCGAGGCCGAGAGAGAGUCUACUAUCGCCGCCGGAGCUACAACUACAGCGCAGAAUUCGCCCAUUCGUGCGGAACCCCAAGAACCUGAAAAGCCAAGCUUUUCCUAUGCGACACUGAUCGCCAUGGCCAUUAAUGACUCGACUGAUCGACGACUAACCUUGAGUGGUAUCUACAAGUGGAUAGAGGACCACUACAAGUAUUACGACAAACAAUCCGACAGCAGUUGGAAGAACUCUAUUCGGCACAAUCUCUCUUUGAAGCCGUGCUUUUACAAGAGCCCACGUCAGGCCGAUGAACCGGGCAAGGGCGCCUGGUGGAGCAUUGACGACACUCAGAUUGACGGAGGAAGAUACUCCGCUAAACGCAAACGUCCGAGCAACUCGGUACAGCGAACGAAUUCCGGUACUAAAAUAGAGGCCGCUGAGACGGCAGGUGGUGCGGGCGAUGCCAAGACGGCAAGAAAGAAAGCGGGGAAAGAUGGCAAACAAGUCACCAAGAAACCCUCGGCUGACUUAAAAGCACCAGCCGCCAUAAAGACAGACGGCAGUCGAAGUAAACGGAAAGCCGGUACCAACGGUGACGCGUGGUCAGACGAUCUACCCUCUGCGAAUCGCCUCUCUACAGAAACGCCACAGAUAACCUCUGCGAGUGCGAACGGAGUGUCGGCUGCAUUCGCCACGCAGCAACAACUACACCAACAGGCGGUCAAUGCUCAGCUACUGCUGAACAGUAAACAGCCGUCGAUGGAGUUCGCGUGCAUGACCGGCGCCAAGAAUUUCAUAGCUGGGGGUGCCGCUAAUAUCGGCACGUUCGGCUCCUAUCAACUGGCUAGCACGAGUACGGGCGUGAGCGCAUCUUACAGCAACCCCACCACAAGCAUGGAAGAUGACAUCUUCAGCGGUCUCAGCAUGGCAGACAUUGAGAAUAUGAAUAUUAAUGCGCCUCUUAACGGCCAAGGCGUAUCCUUCACCAACGGCAUGGGCAACAGUGGCUUCACCGUAUCACCACAGCUGCUGCACGGCAAUGAAAGCCCGCUUGCGGCGUGUAACUUGGUUGGCCACAACUUCAGCGAUUGGGACGCCGAGGGGCUUCAAAAGUCAGGACAGACGGCUCACAAACUGCUGGAACCAUCCUACUCACAGCCCAUCUCCACACCUUCAAAGCACGUCGACAUCAAAGGGUUCUACGGACUCUAUGACGAUACAGUCGUAACACCGCCCGAUAACCUGAGCCUGUGCGGUGAUCACAUGAUCGACCACCACGAGCUAUACAAGGACACACACACAACCGGGUUGCUCGAUUUGGACUUUGCUCGGUCGGUCAUGCCGCUGGGGGGUAUGGAUAUGGACGACUACGGACACUGGGCUGAGAGCGAGAGCUUCACCUCUCGCACGCACUCCCGGGUCGUGAGUUCGAGUUUCGAUUCGGCGUGCGACGGUACAGUUGCCACGCACACGGACACUAUGGACGUCGUCAAGAACCGCAAGAUGAGCACCAGCACCAACGGUACCAGCAGCCUGAACGAUGACUUGGAUAUGUAUCCCAGCGGACGGUCGCUCGCGUACGACUACUCGUGCGGCAGUAGCAGGGCGACCUUCUACGACAAAACGGGCGAAACAGAGCUCUUGGACUCGUGUCGAGACUGGAUCCUGGGAUGGGAAACCACCAACUGUGGUACCCCUGUGCGAUUGAAUAAGGCUUUGUAGGAGGGAAACGCCCUCGGAUUAAUAAUAAUAGUAUUUAUAGUUAAGUGCACACGGCUAAAGUAGGCCGUCACGGCAGGUUUCGACUGGAGGGCGGGGGCCCCUUGAUGAUGCGGUAGUAUGGAGCUGCAUGCCACCAGCAAAAGACACACCAGAAAAACAUUGUGCAACAACGGCUGCUUUAAUGUAAAGUUAGAUUGUGGAUUAUGCGGGACUUCCCACCAAUGCAAAUCCCAAGCCAUGAUAUGCUGAAUGAUAAGGGUGCAGAGAAUGCGGGCCCGAAGAACCAGUCUAGCAGGCUAGAUGAGAACAACAUCAGCAAGCACAACGGGAGAAGAAGAAAAUAGGCUAGACAAAUAGCUUAGCAAGUUAGUUCAUGAUACAGUACCACGAUGGCCUCUGUUUGUGGCGGACGCUCAGAAAUUUUCAAUUGGGAAGAUCCUGAACUGAGCCAUUACAUGCUAUAUAAGGAUAUAUAUAUAUAUAUAUGUAUAUAUAUUUAUAAAAGCCUGCGCUUGGAAAUUUUCGAUUAGGAAGAUCCCAAGCAGC